CAUUUCUCUUUCUGCAGAUGAAGGAGAAUGCAGAACUUUCCCUGGGACAACCACAGCUCUGUGUCUGAAUUCAUCCUUCUGGGCUUCUCCAGGGAUUCCCAAAUUAAUACAAUCCUCUUCAACAUCUUCCUCUUUCUCUACCUCUCUACACUUGUGGGCAAUGGACUCAUUGUCACCUUGAUUCACUUGGACUCCCGCCUCCACACACCCAUGUACUUCUUCCUCAGUGUCCUCUCCAUUCUGGACAUGAGCUAUGUCACCACUACUGUGCCCCAGAUGUUGGUGCAUCUGAUCUGCCAGAAGAAAACUAUCUCCUAUGUUGGGUGUGUGGCCCAGAUGUACAUCUUUCUGGUGUUGGGCAUCACUGAGGGCUGGCUGUUCUCUGUUAUGGCCUAUGAUAGAUAUGUGGCCAUCUGUUAUCCACUCAGAUACAAGGUUAUCAUGACCCCAUGGCUGUGUGGGGCAAUGGCCAUCUUUUGUGGACUGUGGGGUAUCAGCUGUUCCCUAGUCUACACUGUCUUCACAAUGCGCUUGCCCUACUGUGGCCCCAAUGAGAUCAAUCACUUCUUCUGUGAGGUCCCUGCUGUUCUGAAGCUGGCCUGUGCAGACACAUCCCUCAAUGACCAAGUAGAUUUUAUUCUGGGCUUCAUCCUUCUCCUGGUACCCCUCUCUUUCAUUCUGGCCUCUUAUGUCCGCAUCUUUGCCACAAUCUUGAAGAUCCGCUCAGCUCAGGGUCGACUCAAGGCCUUCUCCACCUGUGCCUCCCACAUCACUGUGGUCACCAUGUUCUGUGGACCUGCCAUGUUUAUGUACAUGAACCCCGGGGCCAAUGCCUCCCCAGAGCGGGACAAGAAAUUGGCUCUGUUCUACAAUAUUAUCUCUGCCUUUCUCAAUCCCAUCAUCUAUAGCCUUAGAAACAAAGAUGUGAAGAGGGCUUUCCUCAAGUUAACAGGUUCAAGCAAGGCCUCUGAGUGAGGCCAUUGGAGCACAGAAGGCUACAACCAGACCUGAAACCACAUGUUCCACCCUAUUCCCUCCCAUCACCCUAUGGAUAGGCAUGAAUCACUGACUGAGAGUUAUGGGAGAUAAUAUGUAAGGUUGGUGCCU